AUGCAGAUCGACCCUGCGGCACUGACAGGGACAGCCGACUUUGCUUCGGUGGUGCCAGCCUCUACGACUAAGGCUGUCCCAGCUGCUCCUCCGAUAACACAGAAAACAUCAAAGGCUCUCAUAUCUGUUCCGCGUCUCGAUAUUGAACCUAUCUAUACUGAACUGAAGAGCGCAAUUGGGGAUGGUUGGACUGAAUACAAACAAGCCACCACACUUUUCUUGCUCGGUCACCUUAAUCAAAAUGAAUUUACCGCGCGUGCUACCCCACUGCUGGCCGUCGACCCCAGGCGUGAACAUCUUCACAAUAAUUUCGUCUGCGCGCUGCUUGGAAAUUUAACUAGAGACCUCCCUGACCAUGGAGUCGCAAGCUGGGUUUCUGCAAAUGACAAACCAACAGUGGUAUCGAAACCAACCUCUGGAGAUGCUGCUGAACAACGCCUCAAGACAGAGGUUAUGCAGCUUCCGCCGAGAGAUAGACGAAGAUUAAAGGCAAUUCCAGAGCCUGAUCCAGGUGCUCUUCCUAACCCUCUCGAGGAAUAUCAACUGGCAAAGCAGAUCAGGCUACCAGAUCAAGUUCCUGCGAGUGCAGGAGGAUUGAACAAAACGAACUGGGAGCUUGAAAUUAGAAAACGAUAUGCUCAGCCUCUUGCCUCGGAGACUGGAGAGUUCCCCGACUCUGAAUCGAUAUAUGCGCGCAUGACACCUAUCUGCUAUGAAGAAUCUAUAUCUAAUGGAGCCUCCUUUCCGUGUGCGACUUACAUGGCAAUUGCGACUGAGAACUUUGUCAAGACUUUUCUAUCAAAUGUCUUUGGUAGGACUAAGUGUAAUGGCCCUUCUGGGACCAUAAAUGGAAUGACGACUAGAAAGUACCGUCGCCAGUUAGAACGUGAAGAGAUGGCUUUUACGCGAGGAGAAUUGGUGAGAAAUACCACAAAUGGUCUUCUCCCUGUCGAAGCGAAGGAAGCUAGCAAUCGUCAACCACUAGGGCUGCGCGACCUGAAGUUGACCCUGGACAUUGCACCCGGUGCCCUUGGCCAUAUGCCUCUUAUCAUUAGCCAGAUAAUGAGUGGCUACCUUGAGGAAGAGCUCAACGCAGAAAACGAAUGCUACACGCUAGAGGCUAAUGCAAGAACCGAGACCGUCGAUCAGGUAUCGUCUGGAGAUGAGAUGGACCUGGACGAGGAGCCUUGGGAUUGGGAGGGUGCCACAGCCGCAGAUCAUAACCAACUCAACGCUAUUCUAGACGAAUGCCUCUCCAUGGCAUCCUGAUGUACUUACUGGUCUGGAGUU